AUGGGAAACAUCUUCGCAAGGGUUAGGCAAAUCAAGCGAUCGAUUGCUAUGGAUGGGCGAUUGAUCACUUUUCCGAGGAGAGCAAUCUCGUGCUCCAGACUCGGCCCGGUUGAUCGUUUCUUGGCUGAAAGCAAUUUCAUGCCCCAGACUUUAGGGCGAUCGAUUGGCAAAGGUGGGGCGAUCGAUCGUCAAAGGCAUGACGAUCUAUCACUUCUGUAUAGAGGCGAAUUUCUUAGUUUUCCAAGUUUCUUUAAUUCUGCUCUUCACUUCUUAUCUUCCCCUGAAGUGUAG